UGCAGAGAGGUAGAGAGUAAAGAAGGAAACUCGGAACAAUAAUUAGCCAUCUAACCAGCAGUUGAGAUUGCGAAAAGGAAGGUGAAGGAGAGGACUGUAGUCACAAAAAGAUUAGUGAGGUAGACAAUAAAUAAGAAAACUCAUAGUAGGAAUUAACCAUGACGAUCAAACCAGCACUUCGGAUUCCAGAAAGGAAACUAGUGGUGAGGGAACGGACUAUACUCAUCAACGUGCCGGAAAAUGUGGUGGCCACCUCUGUCGCGGCGGCAGGGGGACAGGUGGAAGGGGUGUUUUUAGGAGCUGUGCUGAACCAAGACAGCAGUCGUCACGUGGUGCCGCUCGGCACAUUGCGUGAUGUGCGGUUCUUGGCUUGUUUUAGGAUCAUGUUGUGGUGGAUGGCUCAAAAAAUGGGGGAUAAGGGCCAUGAUGUCCCACAGGAAACUCAAUUUUUGUUGGUGAAAACACAAGAUGGAUCCCUGUUAGAAUCGGAUAUCAAUGGACAGGAGGAGAAUAAGAUUGUUUACACGGUAUUUUUGCCUUUGGUAGAAGGGCCCUUUAGAGCUUGUCUUCAGGGCAACGAUGGCGAUGAGCUAGAACUUUGCUUAGAAAGUGGAGAUAGUGAUACUCUUGGAUCGACUUUUACCCAUUCAGUGUACAUUAGCUCGGGGGUAGAUCCAUUCGAGACGAUACAUGAGGCGGUUAAGGCAGUUAAACUGCAUCUUGGGAGCUUUAAGUUGAGGAAUGAGAAGAAAUUGCCUGGGUUCGUGGAUUACUUUGGUUGGUGCACAUGGGAUGCUUUUUAUCGAGAGGUGAGUCAAGAAGGGGUAGAAGCUGGCCUUAAGAGCCUUAAGGCCGGUGGCACACCUCCAAAAUUUGUCAUCAUUGACGACGGUUGGCAGUCCGUUGCAUCUGAUGAACACCACCAACAACAAGAACAACCAGAACAACAACUGGAGCAGCCACGACUGCAGAGGCUGACCGGAAUUAAAGAGAAUGCAAAAUUUCGAAAGGAGGACCCAUCGAUCGGGAUCAAGAAUAUCGUCAAUAUUUGUAAAGAGAAGUAUGGAUUGAAGUACGUGUACAUGUGGCACGCCAUCAUUGGGUAUUGGGGUGGUGUAAGGCCAGGGGUGACGGAGAUGGAGGAGUAUGAAUCAACUUUGCGGUAUCCAAAGGUAUGUAAAGCAGUGAUGGAGCACGAGCCAGGGUGGAAAACUGAUCCAAUUGCACUGGAGGGGGUGGGUUUGGUGAAUCCUAAGAAGGUGCACAAGUUUUACAAUGAGUUGCAUAGCUAUUUGAGUUUUGCUGGGGUAGAUGGAGUUAAAGUAGAUGCUCAGACCAUACUAGAGACACUUGGGGCAGGUCUUGGAGGCAGAGUGGAGCUGACCAAACAAUAUCAUCAGGCUCUUGAUGCAUCUAUUGCAAGGAAUUUUCCUGAUAAUGGGUGCAUUGCUUGCAUGAGCCACAACAUUGACUCACUUUACUGCUCAAAACAAACUGCUAUUGUGAGAGCAUCUGAUGAUUUCUUCCCACGGAAUCCGGUAUCACAUACUAUCCACAUUGCUGCUGUCGCAUAUAACAGUCUGUUUCUAGGAGAAAUCAUGCUACCUGACUGGGACAUGUUCCAUUCUCUCCACCCAGCUGCCGAAUACCAUGGAUCAGCCAGGGCCAUAAGUGGUGGACCUAUCUACGUUAGUGAUGAACCAGGAAAGCACAAUUUUGAUAUAUUAAGGAAGCUUGUUCUCCCAGAUGGUUCCAUUCUACGAGCCCGCUUGCCCGGUCGACCUACUAAGGAUUGUCUGUUUUCUGAUCCUGCUCGUGACGGUGUCAGCCUGUUGAAGAUAUGGAACAUGAACAAGUAUACUGGAGUACUUGGAGUAUACAACUGCCAAGGUGCAGCAUGGAAUAGUGUUGAGAGGAAGAGCGCAUUCCACCAAACUAAUUCUGAAGCAAUAACCGGCUAUAUCAGGGGUUGUGAUGUUCAUCUCAUUGCAGACGUUUCCCCCGACUCCAACUGGGAUGGGAAAGUGGCUCUCUACUCAUGCAUGACUGGUGAGCUUAACACUCUGCACUACAAUGUUGCCUUGCCGGUGUCCCUCAAGAUCCUAGAGCAUGAAAUUUUCACGGUAACACCCAUCAAGACAUUGGCACCGGGCUUCAGCUUUGCUCCGUUGGGCCUCAUUGACAUGUUUAAUGCUGGUGGAGCAAUAGAAAGGCUCAAAUACGACAUAACAACCUUAAAGGCUCUCGUUUCCAUGGAGGUAAAGGGAUGUGGGCGUUUCGGCGCUUACUCAUCGUCUAAGCCAAAAAGAUGCACGGUGGGUUCAUCCGGAGUUGACUUUGAGUUUAAUUCAGCCUCUGGCUUGGUGACAUUGUACUUACCUGAGAUGCCUCCUGAUGAUAAGAAGAUUCACAAUGUCGAGAUUGAAUUAUGAAUUUAAUAUUGUAAGCCUAGAUAUGAGCAUUAAGUAGAGUUGUGAAGGUAACAAGAUAUUACAGAGGCGACCUUUCCUUUGCUCUCCAUGGGUUUAUGAUUAGCAUUUUAACGAUGUUGUCUUCCCACGUCUGGAUAGAACUCCGAACUUGGUUGUAUCCUUAAUUGAUAUUCUUUCUGGGAAGCUCAUAUAGAUGAAUUAUGGUGAUCAGAUGUGGAGUGUAUCAUAGUUCUCCCUUCUUAUGGGGAGUAAUGUACGUGCUUUGAUGGUAUAUGUUAUGAUCAUUAAGAAUUAAUAAAUUUAGGCUUUUUUUUGCAAUGCA